AUGUUGUUGCAUAGAAAUAUAUAUAAGAAUUAUUGUUUAUUACAAAUAAGUUACAGGAAUAUAAAAUGUGAUAUUAAUAUAAUAACAUACAUUUAGUUCAAAUAAAACUAUUUUAGUGCAUUUAAAAUUUUUUUUACUACAGUUUUGUAUUAUUAUUUGAGAAUAUGACGACGAAAUUCUUUAUUGUUUACUGUGUGAUUGGAUUUUUAUUUGUCAUGUGUGUUUUUGGAUUAAAGAAGGAUAAAUUUUACUGUGAAAUGGCUUCACCGUGUAUUUGUGUUAGUGCAAACAAUGAUAAAGUUGAUUUAUCUAAUAUAACUGUACCAUUAAAUUUAACAAAUAAUGUAACAUUAAUUUACCAACCAUGUCCAGAUGAAGAGCAAAAUCCUAAUAUUUAUGCUGUAAGUAUUGAAAAUUCUACAUCAAAUGAGACAUUACAACUUGCUCCUUACAUGGAUAGUAGUUUUGUGAUUGGUGAUUUUAUAUCUUUGAUUUAUAAGAAUAGUAGUUCUAAUGUGUUUCAGGUGAAUUUAUCAUGCAAUGAAUCAGCAACAAAUGGAAAUGAAUAUCUCACUGAUUUUAAAAAUUAUACAAAUAACUAUAUUAUAACAUUAAAGACAAGUGAAGUAUGUGGAUUAAAUUUAAUUGAUGCAAUUGAGAAUGAUUCAACAAGUUCUUUAUCAAUAUUUUUUUCUCUCUUAUUGUUUAUUGUUUUUGUAUAUUUAAUUGGUGGAUCUGUAAUCAAUGCUUGUUUAUUAAAUAAGACAGGAGUGAAUAUAAUCCCACAUCAUGAAUUUUGGUCUUCAAUAUACAACAAUUUAAAAGAAAAAAUGUGUGGUUCUGCAAUGAUGGCAUCUGCUUACGAAAGCAUAUAAUCAUAUGAAAUCAAAUGACAUUUAAUAUUAUUGUUUGAAAUCUGUAAAUUAAAUAUUUAAGUUUUGAUUAAAACUUGAAGUUAAUAUAAUU